GUGUGUUGAAGAGGGCCGUCAGAGUGUGUGAGAGGCAGAGAGAGGGGGAGAAAAGGGGCUCAACAUGGACACGAGAUUAGGUCUGAGUUGUAAACUAGUCUAGCAUUGAAGCCCCAGCCGCUCCGGACUGACCCACUAACCCGGGUUUAUUAUGCCCAGCGCCAACGUGUCGGUGCGAAGUUUAUCCGAAGUGGAGAAAUACCUCAGCAGCCGGAUGGACCAAAGUUCUGAGGGCAGUUUCUCGAGCAUCCCCGGGUCAAUGCGGCGGGGCUCUUCAGAGACCGACCUGGAUCUGACCGAUGGAAGUCCUGGUCCUUCCAUGGGAAUCGACGUUCAACGUAGCCGUUCUUGCUUGGACAACCUCCAGCAGAAGAUCCUGAAAGUCACGGAGCAGCUGAAGAUUGAGCAGAUAGCCCGGGAUGAGAACGUGGCCGAGUACCUGAAGCUGGUGAACAGCGCGGACAAGCUGCAGGUCGGGCGCAUCAAGCAGGUGUUUGAGAAGAAGAACCAGAAGUCUGCUCAAAACAUCGCCCAGAUGCAGAAGAAGCUGGAGCAGUACCAUAGAAAGAUGAGAGACAGUGAAACGCAUUACAGCCCCUCCCCUCACCCGUUGCCUGUCAAACACAGCACAAUGCCCAGGGAGUCUCCUCGACAGCUGAAAGAUAUGACGGGCAGUGGCCGACACCCGACCAUGGACAAGAUCAAGACCAUUGGCCCAGGUGUUUCCCUCUCCCCUCCUUUCUUCUUUAGCAAGCCCCGAGAGUUCGCCAACCUCAUCCGGAACAAGUUUGGCAGCGCUGACAACAUCGCUCACCUAAAGAACUCUCUGGAUGCUUCCCCUGUGCUGCCCACUGACACUGCAAGCAAAGGACUGAGCAGCAGCACCUCCAUGGUGGGCAAGCCCAAGUAUCCCAGUGAUGAUGAAUGCUCCUCAGGGAGUGCCUCCAUUUCAGCAGACAGUAACGGCAACCCAGCAGGGCUGACUCCGGGCCAGCAGGCCAAGGAUGACAGCCAGAGCAGACUAGCUCUAAGCCUGGAGGAGGUGAGGGAGAUCAAGGAGGCCCAGAGCCAGCUGGAGGAGGAUAUGGAGGAGAUCAAGGCUCAGUUCAAGAGGGAGUAUGGCAUCAUCAGCCAAUCACUGCAGGAGGAGCGAUACAGGUACGAGCGCUUAGAAUAUCAGCUGAACGACCUGACAGAGCUUCACCAACAUGAGAUGACUGAUCUAAAGCAGGAGCUGGCCAGCAUCGAGGAGAGGAUCGCGUACCAGGCUCAAGAGAGGGCCAGGGACAUACAGGAGGCUCUGGAGUCGUGUCAGACUCGAGUGUCCAAGCUGGAGCUCCAGCAGCAGCAGCAGCAGACGGUGCAGAUCGAGAGCCGUGACGCCCGAGUGCUCCUGGGAAAAAGCAUCAACAUCAUGCUGGCCAUCAUCACCGUCAUCCUCGUGUGUGUCUCCACAGCUGCCAAGUUUGCCGCUCCACUGAUGAGGAGCCGGCACCAUGUGGUAGUUACCUUACUGGGAGUUUGUUUUUUGACCAUUUUCUGGAAGAACUGGGAGCGUUUACAGUACGCCAUAGACCGGUUGUUAGUGCCUGCCUGAGAAUGAAGAGUGCACAAAUAACACUUCUGAAACAUGGACGCUGUCUGGUGUCAGGAUAGGACUGUCUCAGAGGAUUGGUUGUACAAUCGUCAGUAGACACGAUCGCCACGCAUUUACAGGUCAUUGUUUUUUAAAGUUAAGCUGAAAAUUAAUUUUGGUAAUUUUUCUCUUGUGUAGAACUUGAAUGUGUUGCUAACAUUUUUCAUUUAACCUUUCAAAUAAUAUUUAUAAGAGUUAAAUGAAUUAAUAAAUGGUGUUCUCUAAGGUUUAAUAUGAGUUCAUCACAAGAAAUAGUCAAGGAUCAAGAAGGGUGGAAAGAAGUGCAUAGGAGACUUACUUUUUCCCUCCGUUUUUUGGGGAAAUAUUAUUUGAUGAGGUCAAAUAAUGCAACUGAUAAAUGUUUCUCAUAUUGCUUCCGCUUGACUUGAACAUCUGUCCAUCUGUUAAAAAAACAUUCACACACAAACAAUACCUCAAGCUUGGUAUGUUGUUGGGUAACGUUACAAAAUGCUAACGUCACCUUGGUAAGACUAAUUGGACAUUUGGGGAAAUAUGUUUAUCUCCAUUAUGCUAAAUUCCAUUUAUAUCUGUGCAAUCAAUAUGAUGCUACGGUUAGCUUUGCUUAGCAUAAACCAUGAAAAAAUGGGGAAACGGCUAGCCUGAUUCUUUGAGAAUGUAACAAAAUCCACUGAAAAGCUGACAAAUUAACACGUCUUGUUUUAUCUUUACAAAUGAACGUGUAAAAAUGACAGUUUCUGGCUUAUGUGACUGACUUUAUUCCAGGAAGUUACGGCUUCUGGCACAUACAUCUACUACAUGUCCUUUUUAGAUUUUUACACAGUUUGUGUUUAAAUGCUCCAAGGCAGAUGUUGUUGCCACCAUUACCUUUGCACAGAGACAUGCUAUCUAUUUCCCCAUAUUUUUAUUCUUUAUGUUAGAGAUAAUUGGCUACUGAUAGUAGAUUAUUUCAAACCCGGGACAUUGCAGUUAUCUGGCAUGUGCUGUAACCACUCGACUACCUAAGUGCAUAUUUAGCAUACAGACAGCAAAGUGGUAUCAAUCCACUUAUACUCUGCAAAAAAAUCAAUAAGCAUAUUUCCCCGAAUGUUAAACUAUUGCUUAAAAUGAAGAAUUUACAGUCUCAAGCACAGAGGCAAUAGACAUCCUGUUUUUAAGUGUUUUCUUUUCCUUAUACCUCUGUCGGCCCUGUGCGGUCAGUCGCCUCUUAAAGUUUUUUCUGUUUACUGUUCAAGAUGUUUUAAGUGCAAUAUGUUACAUUUCUAAGAGCACUGUUUUUAAAAUGGUAUUUUAGUAGUGAGCAUUCAUGUCAAUGUUUUACAGUGAUAGGGUGCUGUUGGUGUGGGGUGGGGGAAGUGUCAUUAAUGUUGGCAUAUGGAGAUCCAUAACCACUGAAGCCUCUGCUGGGCUCUGAUAAGACCAGCUGUCUCUCUCACUGUGUUACCGUGCUGUUGGCGUGUUAAAAUUAACACACGGAAACUCCCAGGCACACACACACACACCCAAACAACACGAAACUCAGCUCUCUUUAUGUCUUAUGGGUCUGAUGUUUUGUUUUAUUAAUAAUGUGAGUGAGAGGCGAUGGAUUAUACUGUGAUACAAAGGCCUUUUUCUGAGGAAAAAUGCAAUUCUUUUUUUGUUUUUUUUGGUUCAGCCUUCAGUACAGGCUCUGAGUGAUGAUCUACGAGCCAAUUUUUGACUGAUUAAUGUAUUAUUUUUGUCUUACUAACAUUGCCUAUGAUGAUCUCAUAUGAAGCAAAGGACCACUUUUUAAUGUUCGUCUGCCAUAAUAACAUGUUUGUGUUAAUAUUUGUUUGACUUCCUGUUGUUCUACUUACUGUAUUAUAUUUCUCUCUUCCUGUGUUGGACAUAUUUGAGGCCAUUUUGCUGAUACAUACAUAUCUGGUUUACAUUCUCUGUUCCUCUCUGAUGCACUACGUUAUCAAUCAGUUGUAUUUCAUGCAUUACGUGCCUUUGUCUUACACUUGUUAAAUUAAAAAGCCUUUUUAAUCA